AUGAUUGAAGGUAAAGAAUAUAGGGUGAAAAAGAGAGCAUGCAAAAAUCCAACCAAGAAAAAGACAAAAGUUGCAAGUAAAGGUCAUGUUCUAUUAGAGGAUGUUCAGAUUGAUGGUGAUUAUGAAAGUGAUGAGUUGGGUAGCAGUGACCCUGAUGAUUCUGAUAGGGAGAAAGGUCCUAAAUAUGAAAAGUUUAGAAAGACACAACUUUGUAAGACAUUUCAGUUUAAGGUUGGAGUGGAGUUCAGUUCUACUAAGGAGUUCAAAGAAGCAAUAAUUGAAUGGACAGUAUUAAAUGGAUAUGAAAUAAAGUUUGUGAAAAAUGACUUGAUAAGAUGUAGAGUGGUUUGUAAAAAGAGGGAAAAGGAUGACUGUAUGUUUUUGGCUUUAUGUAGUCAAGUGAAUGGCCAACACACUUAUAGGAUUAAGACAUGGGAUGGGGACCACACAUGUCUUAAAGUAGGUGAAAAUAGAUCUGCCACAUCCAAGUGGGUGUCAAAAGCUGUUGUGCCAGCUUUGAUUUCUAAUGAAAACUUGAGGGUCACCACUAUAAUGGAUGACAUGAGGAGGGAUUAUGGUGUGGGAAUAACAUUUGGGAGGGCAUGGAAAGCUAAGAUGAUAGCUAGGGAAAUCAUUGAUGGUGAUGCUACCAAACAAUACUCUAACUUAUGGAGAUAUGCAGCUGAGAUUCAUAGGGCUUCAGAGAAAAACACAGUGAAAAUAAAUGUUGAAAGAGUGGGACCAACACUUCAGCCUAGAUUUGGAUCUUUCUAUUUUUGUUUUGAAGGAUGUAGGAAAGGGUUCUUGAAUGGUUGUAGACCUUUCAUAGGUGUGGAUGGAUGUCACUUGAAGACACAAUAUGGUGGUCAAUUGUUGAUAGCAGUAGGCAGAGAUGCUAAUGACCAAUAUUAUCCUCUUGCUUUUGGCAUUGUUGAAGUUGAGAACAAAGAAUCAUGGAGGUAG